AUGAAAACAAUCCUCAUAACCGAAUUCGGGGACCCCUCUGUCCUAAAGCUAACAGAACUCCCAACUCCAAGCCCCGAGCCUGGACAAGUCCUGAUAAAAAUCGCAGCCUUCGGCCUAAACCACGCAGAGAUGCACAUGCGCAAAGGCGAAUGGGCCGAAUGGAUGCCGGUCAGCGGAAUUGAAUGCGUGGGCACAGUCGCAUCCUGCCCGUCCGGCGAAUUUGAGCUAGGAACCCGCGUCGCGAGUUUAAUGGGUGGCCUGGGCCGGACAAUCAACGGCUCGUACGCUGAGUAUACAGUCGCCAACGCCUCGAACGUUGUACCCCUUGGCCCAGCCGCAGAGAGCUUAUCUUGGGCACAGCUCGCCGCUAUUCCGGAGUCGUACGCCACGGCCUGGACGUGCCUGUUCCGGAAUUUGGAACUCAAGGCCGGCCAGAGAUUGCUAAUCCGCGGAGGGACAUCGGCGUUCGGCCGCGCCGCAAUUAAUCUUGCCGUCAAUGCGGGUGCGCAUGUUACUGCGACGACGCGGAACGAGAGCCGCAUAGACGCCCUAAGAGCCCUCGGCGUGGAGAAUGUUGAGAUCGAGCACCCUAUCCUCUCAGAGCACCUCAGCAAGACAGAGAGCAAAUUCGACGCCGUCCUCGAGCUCAUCGGUAACAGCACAAUCGUCGACUCAUUGAAACUCGUGCGUCGCGGUGGCCGCGUCUGCCUAGCUGGUUUUCUGGGCGGCCUUGCGCCGGUUCCUGACUUCAAUCCGCUGCUGCAGAUGGCGAGCGGCGUCUAUUUCAGCUUCUUUGGAUCAUUCGUGUUUGGCACAGAAGAGUUUCCGCUCAGUGAUGUGCCGCUGCAGGAUAUUGUUACGAUGAUUGCGGAAGGCAAGUUCAAGGCAGAGCCUGCUCGGAUCUUCAAGUUCGGAGAGAGUGAUAUUCGUGAGGCGCAUGCGUUGAUGGAGCGGAAUCAGGCGGGUGGGAAGAUGGUUGUUGUUGUUGAAGAGUAA